GAGUUAAUUCCUCCUUUUAUAAUAUGGCGACCUCCUUCGAAAAUUUCUUCGGAUUCCCAAUAAAAUUUGAUUUGAGGUAAUUUUUAUAUCAGGGACAAAACAAGUCCAAAAUUACCGGACUACAUGAACUAUAAUUAUUAAAAACUAUUUAAUUUAAUGGGUUGUAUUAAAUUCGACUAAUGUAAAACUGUUUCUCAUUUAUUAACUGAUUAGUCUUCCACGGAUUUUAAAAGAUUAACAAUGACAUUAAUAUUAACAAUAAUGAAAAUAUCUUUAAAUUAUUUAUAUUGAUAAGAAAAACCAUUUCUGACAACACAAAUGUUGCUUUGUGAAGGGGUGACUUGGGUGAAUACUGACAAUGUUAUUUUCUUACAUUCUGAAAUGCUUAAAUUUUUUUUGCAAUUUCUAUUAUUAACAAAAUUAAGUUAUUCCUAUUUGACUAUUUGAAUUUGUAAAUGAAUCAAGCAGUACUGGGCUAAAUCACUAUGUGUUUGAAUUUUACAUAAAAAAUAUUAAGCAAUUAAAUGUGUUGCCAGUCGCAAAAUUCACCAUGCUGCAAAUAUGGUGUCACUGAUGGCAAAAUGUAUUAUUAUUUGAAAACUGUGAUGUAAAAUGCAAAAAAAAAAGGAACCCCUCACCAAGCCAUACUGUACAUUGCCACAAAAAAUUUUGCAUUAUUUUUCAACAUGCGCAGAUCGUAUGCGCGAGUAUCAUAGUACCUAUAUUCAUACUCAUACUCAUACUAUUGCUAUUUAUAAUUCAUACACCACGACACCAGUGACUCAAAGUUAAACUCAGUUUGAAACUGUAGCACAUAAAUUUAAAAAAGUAACCUUAAUCCCAUUCAUAAAGCUUAUAUAAAAUCUUUGUUCUAUUUUAGCUCUGUGCCUAAUCCAGAGACCAAAAUUUGUGUAGUAUCUAUAUUCGGUAAAGGCCGCCUCAACCCUUUUUGCAGCAAGGCAACUUCUUUAAAUCCCAUUCUAAACAAGGAUGUGUUUCAGGUAAACUUUUCAUUAGUAAUCAAUAACACUGGUCAACAACAACUUUGUUACUGAAAGUAAAACAUAUGGGUGGGUUGUAUGUGCUGUGGGUGGGAGGGCUGAUUCCAAAUAUGAUGUCAGAAUGUGCCUAGCACAUUUAUAUUUUAAGAUAUAAUACAUACAAGAAAUAUAUAGAGCAUUAAUAAUAUGGCAGUUGUUGAGUAGGGUGACACACUCCAUAUCAUAUUACACAAUAGAUAGAGGUCAAACCACCAAAAGCAUAAUUCACGAUAAGGUAAUGUGCAAUGCUUACCUCCCACAUUGGCAUUUACUCUAUUCAAGAUGAACAUAGCUUUAUUGGUUUUGGCAAAAUGUUGGAGACAAUAUUGCCCAUGCACAUACCACAGUAACAAUUUAGCCCUCAAAACAGCAGUUAUUUCUAGAGCUCAACUUGCCCCACCCAGUCACUUCAUAACAUAUAUAUGCAUAUUAUAAACUUUUCAAUGAUAUCAGUUUGUGUACUGAUGUGAGCAGUCUCAUGUUGAUGUUAAGUUACAAAUAAGUUUCUGAUCAGUGGAGAUUGUUCAUAUAUUUUCAAACAAGCUGAGCUUGAAAGCUGUGUUGUUGCCCAAUAGUAACGAAAAAUAUUAUUUUCCUAAAACUAUCAAACUAAUUUUGAAAAUGAACACAACUUAAACGUAAACAUCUAUUAUUUUUUUUGCUUGUGGAGCAGUCGUGGUGACAGCAACCAUUAUAAAGUGAACCAGUGGUCUCCUAGAUCUGAGUACAUUGUUGAUUGACACAACGUUCAACAAGAGUCAUGGAUGAUCCAUUACUUACCACAACUUCAUAUUAAACUGGGCUUCAAGAAAAAUUUUGAGAGAUUUGGAGCAAUCAAAACUGAUGCGUAACUGAAAGCUGGAGUCUUUAUGAACUGAUGCGUGAUACUUUAUUUAGAAUUAAGUGCUGAACCCACUUGAAUUCGAUACUUGGGUUUCAUUUACAUUGGUGGUGCAAAAAUUUUUGUGUGAAUUACCGUGUACAGAACUAUGCUGAACUCAUUAGCCACAUGCUAACAGCUUACAACCAACUUGGCUCCUGAUGUUCUUAAAAUGUAUUUUUUACAUUCUCAUCUGGAUUUUUAACCACCAAACUUAGUUGAUGUAAGACAUAUGCAUUGAGAGAGAUUUCAAGUUUUACCUUGGAAACAAGGUAUCAAGGCCCCCGCAAUUUAUUCAUGAGGGGUUAAUACUGUUGGUUUCUUCAGCUGGCAAAAUUAGCCACUCACAAGUGCUAUUGCCUAAAGCUCUUUUGAACUCAAAUAGAGUUAAACUGAAGACAAAAUUUUGAAAUGGAUGCUUUCCUCUGAGUAACAUACAUAUUAUAUUCAUAUUAGAUUUUAAAACAAUAUUGUAAGUUUCUUUCUUCUUAUGUUUUAUUUUUUGUUCAAUAGAUUUUUUUAUGACUUUCUAUGGACCUUUUUUUUUUUAAAUUUAAGGAAUCAAACCUAAAAUUUCUCAUUGAAAAUAAGUUUAAUAUUUAUUUUAUUUGAAGUUUUAAAAGAAUAAUAUAUAUUUUUUUUAAAGUUAUGACCUUCUGAGUAUAAUCACAGUUAUAGUAGAUAUGAAAUUUGUUUGCAUAAUACACAAUUUAAUUUUAACAUAAAACUGCACAACAUUAAAAUUGUGAAAUUCUAGUUCUAUGCAAAAUCGGACUUCAGAUUUGAAAUCAGCACUCUCGAUUUAGUAUAAAACCCACACAAUAGAUGCCCAGUAGCAGACAAAAAAGUGACUUUUAAAAACUGUUUUACAAAUAUCCAAUUAUUUCUUAUAUUUUUGUCACUAGUUUAACUUUCUCCAUCAAUAGAAAAUUUUAAAACAUUAAUGUUCAGUCAAUUGAGGUAAGGUUAACUUUAAACCUAGAAUAACCCUAAGAAUAACUUAAAAAGCUAAAUGAUUGAUAUAAUGAUAAAGAUAUUAUGUCAUGUUUUCUUCACCUGUGCAAUGAAAAUUUCCAGUCAUCCUGAUAAUGGGCAAGUUUUUCCAACCAUGCAAGUCCAUCUUAAGGCAUGGCACACUUGGCGGUUAUUAAUGAAUAUUAAAUGUUCUUUAAAUUUUGACAUCUUAAAUUGUGCCCAGGGCCUAUGUUGCUAUUAAGACAAUCCCGCAACCAUGCCCAGUUUUGUCCUAUCUUUUUGGUAUUUGCCUAACAUUUUGGAAUAUUCUUUAUAUAUUAUUUUCAUUUGGUUGACAGAUAUUCUGCAUGUUCAUUCCUCACUUUUAUGUCUGUGUCUGUUUAUCUUUACAACUACCAAGCUUGGUGAACUCUCCACUUCUAGUUCUUCCACUGCCAGUGUAAAAUGUGGGAUGCUUGUCAACCAUGACUUCACUAUGUAGUUCUUGUAAGGUCAAUGGAGGCAGAAUACAUAUUUCAUUGUAUCUAAUUAAAUUUGUAACAUUACAUUUUUGUUCUAAUGUUUAGAAUUAGAAAUAACAAUUUUCUUAAUAACAGUUUCUCAUUAUUCUUAUUAGGGAACAGAGGCGUACUUUAAACAUCAAAUUCAAGAAGUAAGUUUUUUUUUAAAAUUCUAUCUUAAAAAAACAAUAUUGCUUUUAUUAAAAAUUGUGUUUAAUCAGUUAACAUACUUCAAUUAAUAUUAAUAAAAUUAAUAAUUUUAUCUAAUGUAUGAAUACAUGGAUAGGAUUCUAAAUCCCCAAAAGCCAUUUGAAGUUCAUAUUAUAUGCUUUAACACUACAUGGUUUUAUUAUUUGAAAAUAUUUUAGAAUGUCCACAGGCUUGACACUAGGGACCUGUGUAAAGAUUUUUAUUUUGUUUAUCAAUGCUUUGGGAGUAUUGCAUUUUUGUUCCAACACAUGCUCAAUAGCUUAAAAACCCUCUGUGAUGUAAUUUUAUUGCUCUUACUAAAACAGGGCAAUAUUGAAUGCUUCUAUGAUUCUGAGAGUCAUGUCAUGUUUCUGCAUCUUAUCUCAUUUUAUGACACCAACCUCCUGGCCAAAAAAUGCCAAGAACUGGCUGACGAUGUUAAUGCACAAGUAAAGUUAUUUCAGCCAAUAUGCACUGUGAUCUUUUUUUUUAAUUUUGGAAUAUUUAAAUGAAAUUUAUUUGAUUAAAUACAUUUGAGUAAAUUAAAAAGAAAGAAAUAAUUAAAAUUAACUCAUUAACAACAAUAAGAUGAUACUACCACAGUUUUUUUUAAACAAAUGAAAUAUCAAAAAGAUCUUUUGUAAUUUUCUUGCUCAGGAACUGUAUAGACUCUGCCAUGAUGAUGACCUAAAGCAUGCAAAGACAUUACUGCUGCUCUUUAACCUUUCCCACAUAAUAUUGGUGAGACAUUUUUCACUAGUAUUUUUAUUGCGUGUAAAGGGAGGUAUGCUGUACAAUUGCAUCUGAACUGUUGAUAGUCCAUUGAUGCAAAUGCGUUGAUUUACUCAAAGGAUAUUUAACCAAAGCCAAUUUUUUUCACCCUGCAACUUGAAAAAAGUAUGAAAAGUAUGUAAUGUUUGAUAAGGUUCAAUACUCAUUGAAGAGUAUUUCUGUGUGCACAUUAUAACAUAUCCAAGUGGGACAAAUCGUAAUGUGGUAUUCUCUUUAAUAUUAUGUUCUUUUUAGUCCAAUAAUGCUAAUUUAACAGUUGUUUUAACUGUCAGUAGGGUGGUUGGUUGUUGUUUCCUGUCCACUUUUGACAGGCUUAAAAUGAUAUGGAAAUAUUUUAAUUGGGCCUCUAUCAGCAUAGACUUGCCCCCUCCCCCCCCUGAUGUACCAUUCAUGAUGUUUAGCUAUCAUUAGACAUAUAAAUUAAUAUACAAGUUGAUGGCUUAGGGUGGUUGGUUGUUGUUUCCUUUCCACUUUUGACAGGCUUAAAAUGAUAUGGAAAUAUUUUAAUUGGGCCUCUAUCAGCAUAGACUUGCCCCCCCCCCCCUGAUGUACCAUUCAUGAUGUUUAGCUAUCAUUAGACAUAUAAAUUAAUAUACAAGUUGAUGGCCUGGGUUCUGGACAUGCACAAAUUUUGGUAUUUUAACCCUUUUGAGACUGUCUUUUCAGAGUGUCGGUGCCAAGAAGGGAAAUGAGCAAAGUAUGGAAAAACUUAACAAAAAUAAAGCAACAAAACUACAUUGUUUUGUUGUUGUCUUUUUUCUUCAGGUUUUCCCUUAUUUUGUUUUGCUCAUUUCCAUUUUUAUAACCUGAUUGCAAUCUCUUCCUUAUUAUUAUUAGUGCCAAGAAGAUGAAGCCAAUUUUACAAGCUCAGCAUUCAUUUUGCAACAAAAUUAUAAAAAAUAAACUAAUUACUUUACAAAUAUAAAACUAUAUGUAUUCUUGUAGGGAAUUGAAUGAAAUAAUAUGAUCUAUGUAUUAAACUGAAACUCAACAAGUAAUGCAAUUGAGAUACCUGAUUUGCAUAAUUUAUGCAUGCAAUUAUUUUUUACACUUAAAAUAAACAUGUCUUCCUUGCAGAAUUUAAAAAAAAUUUAUGAUUGUUGAAGCCUAAAUAAGAUCAUAACCAUAUUUAAAGAGAUAGAGUGUGAAAAAGUAUGUAAAAUAUACCCUCGGGGCUGCUUUUGACAUUUCAAAAGGUCACAUAUUUUUAAAGCAUUUUUAAGGGUCACUAGGUAUAAAAUUAUUUAAUAUAAAAUGACAGAUCACCAUAAAAUAUCAAUGGAAGCUGCCAUUAAAAUGGCAAGGUGAGCAAGAAAUGCAAGAAGCAAUCUCAUUAGCUGGUACGAAGACCAGCCAGCCAAUCUUUAAUUAUUCGUCUUUUUGGCCAUUCCACCCUGAGCCAAUAGAUCAGCCGUCCCAAAGAGGUUACAAUCAUCUUAGCAAAUUUUAAACAAAAUAAUUAUGUUUUAAGAAUGAUUGACACGUCUCCAUGAAUCCAUUUCAAAUACUUGUUUCAUAUAAUACUCUUUUUUAACCACAAAAUUGUUUUUAUUUUAAAGUUAUUUCUAUUGAUAAUUUUAUCAACAGCUGUAUCACCCAGGGAGCACAUUUGACUUGUCCUACCUGAAACUUUUCCACAUACUGGACAAUAUAAGGUGCAUGAAGGCUGGUGACAUUUAUUUCAUUGAUUCCCAUCUUAAAAAACCAAAUGCUGUACAAUUUGGAUUGGUACAAAUGUUUUGAUUGUUAAACAUUAGUGUUCUCAACAGGACAACUUUAUCUUUCAAUAAAUCUUAGUUCAUAUAUUUAACAUGUCUUAUGGACUGUCUUUUGUUUCUUUGUGAACAAUUAUUGUUGCAAAAAGUCUUGAAAUUUGUAUUUUAACAAUAAUUUUAGGCAAAAGGUGCAGCCAGAUUUUAUAGAUUUAUUAGCCACGAUCACUGGUGUAUCGAAGGACUGGGCAAAUUUUGGACGAGUCUGUACACCACGUAUGCUAUUUGUGUUUGAGACUCCGGCCAUUGAUGUACAGCCGGAAGAUACUGAUAAUGGAUCUUCCAAGAUGUCUAAAGUAAACAUUUAUUUUGGUAUAUAAACAAGAAUUUCAUCAAUAUGUCACAGAAAAUUGCAAGCAAUUACUAAAUAACUUUUAUGUAUUUCCAUUUAAAAUUUUAAUUUUUAUUGCUAUCUCAAACUAAUCCUCUUUAUUAUUACAUAAUUUUGUAUUCCAGUUUUAAAUAAUGUGGUUAAUUGAAGAACAAAUAUUUUAAUGUCAUGAUAAUUUUAAUUUUUAUUGCUAUCUCAAACUAAUCCUCUUUAUUAUUACAUAAUUUUGUAUUCCAGUUUUAAAUAAUGUGGUUAAUUGAAGAACAAAUAUUUUAAUGUCAUGAUAUUUUUUUAAAAUUGUAAUGGAAUUGAAAUGUAAAUUAUAUAAUCCAUUCCCUAAGUAUUCCUUUUGCUCCUUCUAUUUACAAAUAAAAGUUUAAUUUUUUUAAUAUUUUUGUUAACAAUUCUUUAACAGAAAUAUCCACCAAUGAAGAAACUUCAAAUGUGUAUAGAAGACAUGAUUUUCAGGAUUCUUAGAAAGACAAGGGCCAUAACUAAUAUCUCGUAAGUGAAUUCCCAAACUUAAAUUUAUCACUACAGGAGGGGAAUAUAUUUUGUGAGUUUAUACUGAAGAAUGGGAGCAUUUUAAUGUUUAUUUUAAUUAUGGUUGCAAUAGACAGAGUUUUGUAAUUUAGCAAUCUAUCAGAUAGUACAAUAUAAAAUAUAUUUUACCUUAAUUCACAGGAACAACUCGCUGUUUUCUGUGCCUAUCAAUCAGCCAUAUGUUUAUCUUUGUACCAAGCGCAAUGAGGUUUCUGAUCCAGUGGAUUUUUUGUUGUCCCAAAUGAGACAAAAUUGUUUUCCAGUUCAAGAAGGUUGUUAUAAUUAGUGAAGUAUAAUUAUAAUUGACUUGUCCAUUCAUCAUUACUUUUUAAUUAUAUGAGGAUUUUUAAAUCUGUCAAUGGCAGUCUCUUAAAUUAAAAUAAAAUUUUGAAUUUAAAGUAAUUUUCUUUAUGUCCCUUAUCCAAAAAAAUUUGUAAUUCUUCAAUUGUGGAUAAUUCAAACUUUGCUCUCAACUGUAGUUGAUCCUCAGCCCGCGACACAGAAACCCAAGCCAUACAGUUGUUGUCGGAGGAAGUUGAAUGCACCAGUUCCUGAUCUGCUCCCCUUGUCAGCUCCAUCUACUCUUCCCACCCCAGCAUCAUCACCUGCCAAGUUCCCCUUAUCCUCAUCCUCAGUGGGCAGAUGCCAGGACCAGAGUUUAAAGGAAUUUCUCUGGCAGCAUGUGGAGAUGGUCUUCUCUAAGACGGUCAAUGACAAUGUUGGAAGACAUGGUAUAGAACCCAUAUUUGAGGUUAGUAUCUCUUACUUAUGGUCCUUCUAAAUUAUGAUCUCAAUAACCCAUGUAGCACUUUGAUCGAUGUUUCCUACAAUUUUAUUUUUGCUUUUGGUGCAUGGAUUCAAGUCCUUAUUUAAUACUGUUCUCCUUUGAAUCAUAAAUUAAAAACAGAACUUUGAUAAAAUAAGUGAUAAUAUACAACAUAAAAAAUUAACUACUACAUAAAAAUAAACAGGGUUCCCUCCAGGAUGGCUGACAAGGCUUACAAAUAUAUAUGCAGAAUAGGAAUAUCUGAGAAUCACUAUCUUUACAUACUAUAACUUUAUAAACUUUAUUUGCUAAUGUUACUGACAUUGCAAGUGGGUCUAAACUUUUUUAAUAUUUUAAAAUAAAUUUCAACAAACAAUUUCUAUUUGCAUUGUAUUUAAUGAAUCAAAGUAUUUUGUACAACUCUUGAAGCUCCCUAAUCUGGGCACAUGGCUACAAGUGGCAAACGGCAUGCAUAAAUACUUCCUAAGUGAAGAAAAUGAUACAACACCUGCUCACCCUCUUGCAACCUUAAAAAAUCUGUUAGACAUCAGCAUGAGGUUUUCUGAGAAGUAAGUUUUAUUGAACAUAGAUGUAUAGAAGAAUUUUAAUGGGGCCUGCCUGGUGGGAAUAAUUUGAAGUAGGUUAUUUUUAAAGUUAUCAAAUUAAAAGUCAAAUCUAAUUAUUUAAAAUUAAUGCAGAAAUAGUAUAGCUCUAAUGAGUUUUUUUUCUAAGGUCUGCUUUCUGUGUAUUCUACCAGUCGGUGUAACAAAGUGCUUCCUCUGGCUGAAAGUGCCUAUCAGCAAGACUUACCUCCGUUUUACAUCACAUCCUAUCACCUCAAUAGGGUAAUUUAAACCUCUGACAUUUUGAUCAUAAAAUUAGUAUUCAAUCAAUUCAUCAUAUUUUUUAAAUAUUCUUUUCAUCUGAUUAGUCUAAAUAUUUUUGUGGCAUUAUUAGUUAUGUUAGAAAUGAAUCUAUUGAGCCCAUCAUCAUAAUUUUUGUCCAUCCACAAAACAUAUUUACUGAAAGGGAUGAACAGGUACUUAGUCUUAGAAGUUAUUUAAUACGGUACUUAGCCUUAGAAGUCAUCUACAAUGAACCAAUUAUUAUUUUUUUAUAUUUUUGCUGCAAUUUUGAACAGGUGAACAAAGCCAAACGAGUAUUUGCUCAAUAUGCCAGAGGUCCAGCCUAUGACAGAUAUAUGACCGAACUUGAAGUCUCUUGCGAGAGAUUUUGGAAGGCAGGUCGACAACAGUGUGAAGCAUUAUCAUUGACAGGAAACUUGUGUACAAACAAAGUCAGUGAGACAUUAGCUCUUAUAUGUGAUGUCACAUUUCUUUAAAUUGUGUUUGCUUUUUAGUACUAAACUACUUGCUAGGUCUUCUUCUGUUUAAAAUUUCUCAAUGUGUUUCUCUCCAUUCAAUGAAUUUUCAAAAUGUUUAAAACAGUUACAAGAAUUUGUUUGAAAGAAAUUUCGUCUACGGAAAAUUGAUUGACGGAAGUUUGGUCCAACGGAAAUUUGAUGGAACAGAAGUUUAAUCGAACGGAAGUUUGGUCGAAUUUUUUUUUCAGUCCACACAAUCAAAUUUUUGUCAAAUUUCUAUUUGAACACACAGAAGCAAAAUAAUGCGUUUAAACAGAAUUUUGACGCAAAAUUGAAUCGUCUGAAUUUUUUUUUUAAAAGUUCGAUCAAACUUCCGUUUGACCAAACUUCCGCUCUAUCAAAUUUCCGUUGGAUCAAACUUCCAUCUAUCAAUUUUCCGUCUAUGAAAUUUUUUUCAAACAAAUUUCAGGAUACGGUUUAAAACAGCUGUCAACGCUUAAUUUUUUAAGGUUCCUAGCAUCUUCUUUAUUCAUUAGUGUUCUCUCCAACCCCUAAUAUCAACUAAUAUUAGUUUAGGCUGUUUAGAAUGAACGCCAAAAUAACUUUGUUUGAAAAUAUAUGCUAAGCUUGUAUAAAAGUACGAGACAUUUCAAAUUUAUAACCUGAAAAUCCAGAGGACCUUGAUUACUUUUUCAUUAUCUUUUAAUAUUAUUUUAAAAAAGGCUAAAGGAAAUGCAUUAUUUCAUCUUGAAAAUUUUUCGAUGAUUUUGAUAUUGAAUUUAAUUUUUAUUGAGCUCAAAAUGAAUCAGGUUUAAUAGAAUAUCCACUGUUCUUAGUGACCCUCAAGUCAACACUGUAAGCAUAUAUUUUAUACCUAUAAUUCAUUUUGUUUUUCUCUACUAGGUCCAUCGUCUGCCUACUGAGAUUGCAUCAGGGCCAGAUGACAAAAGGCCUGUUGCACAACAUUCAAGUCAGAUGAAAACUAAAGCUGCCUGCAACUGUGGGAAGGUCCAGGCUGAUAAGGAUGACCCGUUUAACCAUAAGGUAACUAUGACAUUGUUCCUUAUUGGAUUUUUGUCAGGACUUUGUAAUUAUCUCUCUUUAGUGUGCAUCUUUUUUGGUAUUUAAAUUAGUCAUCAUUUUUCUCUAUGUUUCAUACCUAUAAAAAUUAUUUGUAAACAUUAUGGAUUGAAACACAUUUUUUUUAAAAAUACUUUAAAUUAUUACGUCCUCUCAACAGUUCUGAAAUCUUAAUCCCUUCAUCAACAUCAUAUUAAAGACAAUCCUGAAGUAGUAUGUUUAAUAUGAGCUUUUUAUAGCUUUGUUAUAUUUUGAUAUCCAUCUCUAGAAUGCAAACUAUGAAUUCUAUCAAGAACUGGAGUCCAACUGCUGCGGUUGGCUGGAGCACAUACAGUUUCCUGUUUUCUCACCUACCACACCAGAUGCUCGUGCUGCAAGCAUUCCAUCACCACCAGCUCCUCAACAGCUUGAGCAAACUCAAGAAAACACUAUUGUGAAAGAUAUAGAAAAAACUGAUGCUUUUUCAACACUGUCUGAACUUAGUUUAGCUUUAAGCUUAGGUGAAUAAAGGAGAUAGAAACCUUAAACUAUAAUGAUCUUACUGAUGAUGUGUGAUUUGUCUGUUAGAUAAGCAACUGAUAGAUUUUAAAUUCAAGUCUUAUUUUUCUCUCUGUAUUAAUUCUGGGGGAAUACUUUUCAAGAUUAUUUAUUAACUUGCUUGGGUAUUUAUGUUUAUCUUUCAAAAUUCUAUAAGUACAAUGUUUUACAUUGUUUUGAUUGGGGAGAAUGAUAUGAAAUGACAUGAUAUUUACUUUCAAGUUGCCUUAAUUUCAUAAAUUAUUUUGAAGGUCAGCUCGGCCCAACAGCUGCAGAGCUUGACCCCAAGAUCAGCCAGAUUGAUGAAGCAAGGGAAACAACUGAGAUCCAGGAUGGGGAGCUGCAGUUGACAGAUGAGACAGAAGUGAAGACAGUGAAUAAUAGGAUUUCAACAGAAGAGCAGAGUAAUAAAUGUAGGACUUUGGAAUUUAUUUUUAUUUUUUUUUCUAUAAAUAAAUUUGUAUAUCAUCUUGCAUGUUAUUGUUUCAUAUUUUUUAAAUUGAAGAAUUCUUUGCUCUUCAGUAUUCAACUUUUAUUUUUAAAAACAAUAUCUGCAUUUCCAUAACAUUAAAGCCAAUGUUAUGUUGUUUCAUUAGCUAAAAGUCCACCAAGUCGCCAGCAUUCAACCACUGAGUAUCUCCCAUAUAUGAUCCACACAAAGUCACCGGCGGGCUUGCUGCCAUUGUUUUCGUCUUUUUCACUCUGUCGGCUAGGGUCUAGUGGGCUCUAUUCACAUGCAGUGGGUAAGAUAUGAAACUUAUUACAUGUUAUAAAAUACAAAACCUGAAUAUCUCAUCAUUUAAAAGUCUAACCAUUUUGUAUAUAAGGAAAGUUAAUAAGCAGUUUUAAAUGUUAAUUAGUAUAAUAUUAUUAAUAUUCAGUGCUAUAUUUAAAUCAAGACACAUUCUCACAAAAUUAGCUCUAUCAUAGCAAAAUAGAAAAUAAAAUAUUAAUUCAAAUAAAAUUAAUAUUUAAGUAAUUUACUAAAUAUUUCAAAAUUUAUCUUAUAAAUUUACGCAAGCCAUAGAUGGAACACAAAUUUAUUCAGUUAUCAUAUUAAAUGUGUCUUGUUCCUAUAUACAAAAAUGGUUAAUAUCUUUUUUUUUUAAUCUUCUAGCAUGUUGCUCUGAUAGUAAAACCUAUGGAGUACAUAUAAUAUAUAAUAAACUAGUAUUAGUAGCAAUUAUACAGAAUAUUGGGAUUAUGAAAAAUAAUUCAUUAGCAUAUAUUGCCGAAAUGAUUUCAUUACUUGGAACAAGUAACAUUAAAAUAAGGUCAGUGAAUAAGAUUCAGACUUGCAAUCUACUUGAAAAAAAAUAUCUUGCGUAAACUCAAUGAAAGACAAAUUUCCUGAUUCAGGGUUAGAGUUGCCUGGAUUUCUUCCUGGCAGUAACUUUCUCCUGCCGUGGGACAUCCCAGUGAAAACAGAACAAGAAAAGUGGCCUUCUGUGUCAGAGACAUUCGGAAGUGGGAAGAAACGUCAGCAGCGAAAGUUAUCAAAAAGUUGGUUUUUAAUCUAGUUGUUAGAUAAUAAAUAUUUAAAUUAACACACAGACCCUUAAGUAUGCUGUUUAACUUCCUUCAUUAAUGAAUUGAGGUGUCUUAUUCUAGCAAAAAAUCUCUAGACUUCAAUAUUUUUGUAGUGGGGAUAUGGAGAUUAGGGAUCAAGUCACCAUGAAAUAGAAGUUAAUUACAUUUGUUGAUCAUUGCUAAAACUAAUGUGUGUAGCAACACUAUAGAACCAUUAAGAUUGUUUGUAAUGUAACAAGUCCACAACAUUUUUGGCCAUUCUUUUCAAGAUAAAUUAAUGUUCACUUUGUUACUCGAUUCCAUAUUUUUCACAUUUAUAUUAAACUUGGACAAGUUCUAAUUUAGCAAUUUUUAAAAAUUCUUGUUAUUCUGGUAACCAGCUGCACCAUUAGAAACUGCAGAGACAGUGACUUCAGUUAGAAUCUUUCUGGGGAUGGAGUAUGAAUGUCCUAGGGGCCAUCGGUUCUUCUGUAGUGGACCAGACAAAGUGAUCAAAGUUUCCUCAAACAGCAUAGUCAAGGUGAGUGACUAGAAGUUUAACCCCUUAGUAUUAAUUUUAUCAUUGAUAAUUAAGGUCAUUCUCAGUAUGAACUGUGUGUCCGGUAGUCUCAUUCAACUUUGUCAAUGUUACGUCAAGUUGCCCUCAAUCUUAAUAUCAACGACAUAGUUGAUAUAUCCUGUUUUUCCCCUGUUUUUCCCUUGGAGACAUUCUGUAAACAAGAAUAGUUAUGCUUUUGUUACAGGAUAAUGCUGGCCGUCUGGUCAAUAUGGACAUGCCUCUCUACACAGCUUGCCACUGCAAGUAGGUGAUUUUAGAACUUUGGAAUGUUUUCUAUCAUUUAUUUUUGUGACUCUAACUUCUAUUCUAAAUCCAAUAAUAAUACUAUUCCUCACCUACUGAUAACUCUAUCUAUUAUAUUUAACUAUAAUGAAAUACUCCAAUGAGUUUUGCAGGGUCUACUUGUUCUCAGUCAAGGUCUGACACAAAUACACUUACAGUUAUUAUUUUAUGUUCUUCUCACCAUCUCAUAACACCAUCUGCAGAUUCAUGCCGUUGCAAAACCAACAUUGUAUUUUUAUCAUGCUGGUAAUUCCUCAACAUAGCAAGCCAACUUGUAAUUCACACAUGGCUUCUUAGCUAUUGUAUAAACUGCACCUGCUCUGUCCUACUUGAUGACUGCCAAGAAAGAAGUUUCACUACCUAUUUUGUGAGCAUGGAAUUCUCCAAACCUGGUAUCGCAAAAACUUUUGGCAUGGCUGAAAAUUGUAGUAAUGGAGUAUUUAAUUUUGUCAGGGUGGAAGUACUCUCAAAUUUAAAUAAAAAUAUUAUAACUAUAUGGUGCGCAUCAGUUGAUAGAUCAACUCUGAAUAUUUGUUUCACCUAAUUUUUGUCCAACUAAUGACUGUUACUAUCUGUUCCCAGACAACCCAAAGGCUGCAUGUCACAACUAAUGCAUGUCUACAUCGUUACGCCCCGUGAUAUUCCCAACUGCCCUCCAGUCAGAGUUCAGAUAGGUCCUUUCAUUCAGCCUGGUCCAGCACCAUGUCCGUUGUUUCACCCUGGCUUGGAUUCACCUAUUGAACUCCCUGCCGAUGGAGUUUGGGUGUUGAGGUUGCCGUAUCCUUUACAGUAAAGUAAUGAGCUAUCGAUUUUAGCAAAGCAAUACAGAAUCUGCAUGAGGAAAUUGUUCUAGCAAAAGGGUCAUUUUAAAAAAUUAUGCCUAAUCUCAAGUAUAUUUUUUUAUAACAGUUUUAAGCAGGAAUUAUGCUAAAACAUUCAAUUUGAUCAAAUAUGGAACUCUCAUAAUUUCUCAACUGUUCCAUUAUUGAAAUUCUGUGAUGAUGAUGAAUGAAUUAGUUAUUUCCUUAAUUCUAGUGUCCAGUCAUAUCUACCAAGAUGAGCACUGUAUCUAUUUGAUGCCUAAUGAGCACCAGCAGCUACACAACUGUUACAUACAGAAAUCCAUGUUCAACUACAGAAUUCUUCAAUGAACACAGUUCUGUUAAACUAAGAUUGUGCCAUAAGAAACCAGCAUGAUCCAAGCUGAGUCAGUGAGUGUGACUUGUAAUUGCUCAAGUGCUGACAGUUUGUGAGAUUACAUCUAACAAGUUAUUAGCUGCCUCUGAAAUAGGAUUUGUUAGCAUGUAUCUUCACAAAUAUAUCCUCAAUGGAGCUUAUUAUGCUAUUUUUGCAGUACAACCAUGUGCACUUCGGUAACCUCAUCUGCCAUUGAUCUGGGUUACAAUAAAUAGUCUUUAUAUUUCACUAGUUAGGUGCAUUUAUACAAAAACUUAAGAUUUUUAUUAAAGUGCACUAGGCAAGGAAAUAGAUUAUAGUAUAGCUUAGACUUGCUCACAAAAUUAAAACUUGCUCUUGUCAUGCAUGAUUGUAGUGUACCAAUUUAGGUUGAUGCUUAGUCACGUGUGGACGUUCAAGACCCAUUUUUUGGAUGCACUGUCGAUUGUGUCAUGAAGAUUAACAAUAAGGCAAACCUAAUGGAUAAUUAACAGAACUGUUGGUUGUACUCUGCUGAUUUGGUCCCACAAUACACAUGUUUUAUGUGCAUGCACUUUUAAAGGCAUAAACAGAUCUAUGUUAGGUUUAAAAGUGGCAACUUUUAUACAUAGCACAAAAUCAUUUUCUUAAAAUGAAUUCACUGUUGACUAUGUGAAUUUUUGUUGUAAAAAAUUCAAUAUGAUUGAAUUUAUUAAAACUGAAAUAAAAAUUGUUUUUCUUUUUUUUUUUAUGCAAUAAUUCCUUC